CUUUAACAAUGUUUAAAUUUAUUAUCCUACUAUCUGGCAUAACGGGUGCAUUGUCUGCCACUCUACCCAAGGGCCUACAGUCUCAAUUAGAUGGCCGUAUAGUGGGUGGUAUACCCACCACCAUCUCUAGCGUUCCCUGGCAAAUAUCUCUCCAGCGUAGUGGUUCUCAUUCUUGUGGUGGUGCUGUUCUUAAUCCCAAUAUAAUUAUUACAGCAGCCCACUGCUUGCGGUACGCUUCUGCAACCAACUUAAAAGUACGUGCUGGUUCUACCUAUUGGAAUAUGGGUGGUGAUGUGUUAGCUGUUGAUGAUUUCCAAAUUCAUGAGGAUUAUAAUAGCGCAACUUUAAUUAAUGAUAUAGGUGUAGUCAAAUUGGCUUCUUCUUUAACCAUAUCGAGCACCAUUAAACCUAUUGCUUUAGCCACUCAAGCAGCUGUUGAUGGCGCUGCUGCGGCCGUUUCUGGUUGGGGUACUACUUAUUACGGUUCUCCUUCACUUCCCUAUGAAUUGAGAUCUGUUGAUGUGGAGAUUGUUAGCAGAUACUCUUGUGCUUCGACGGCCUAUAAUUAUGGCUCUUAUAUCCAAGCUAGCAUGAUUUGCGCCUAUACUGUGGGUAAGGAUUCUUGCCAAGGUGAUUCUGGUGGUCCAUUGGUGUCGGGUGGUGUUUUGGUUGGUGUUGUUUCUUGGGGCAAUGGUUGUGCUUUUACUGAUUAUCCAGGAGUAUACGCUGAUGUUUUUGAGCUGAGUUCAUGGGUGGUUAAUACAGCGGCGUCUAUUUGA